AUGCGCCGCAGCCGCGUCUUAGAUUGCCAUGCGUCGCCGGCGCAGCUUGUGGCUGGCACCGUAGUCACCAGUACGACGCCACGAUGGACGCCGCAGCAGCAGUGCUACCGGCAGCUCAUGAAGAGCCUCCGAGCCGCGCACUUUAACGAUCGGUCAAAACUCUUCUGGUCACGGCACCGCGUUCUUGUGGAGUUCUACAAGUACUCGGGAGAAACAAGCGAGGAGACGGUGCGGCUGCUGGUUGGCAUCGGCCUCGAAGUUGCAGCAUUCAUUGCACAGCACAUGCGUACCGAUGUGGAGCGCAUUAUCAAACACAACGAAGCGAUGUUGGCGCUCCCAGUGGACAAAGCGAAGAAGUUCCGCAGCGACUACUUGCUCGCAGAGAAACAGCACGACUCAUGGUGUAAGCAGAAGAUCAAAAACAUCUUGAAGCGCCGCCCACCUCCUCCGUACCCAUUCUUCUAA